AUGCUCAAAGCUAUCCUGAUUGCAAGUCUGCCGCUGGUAGCCAUCUACCUGUGGCACCGGCUGGUCUAUUACCGACGAAAACAGUAUGCCGACUGGCCACAGCUGGAACCCUCGCUGGCGAUGGGCCAUCUGAGGGCCAUGGGGAGACGGAUUAUGAGCAGUCCGUCGGAUAUCCAUGUGGACCAUGUGUUGGCGAACAUUGCAAAAGACCUUGGCAACCCGCCAUUGUAUAUGAUGGAUCUGCGGCCAGCGAGUUACUGCAUGGCCGUGGUUUGCAGCCAUGAAGUGGCCGAGCAGAUCUCCAAGAGCUCCAAGCCGUUUCCCUACAGCGUGACGAAAUCGCCGACGAGCAGGAUGUUGUCCCAGCUGCUGGGGCCGGCCUCGAUUGUCAUAGCGGAGGGCGAGGUGUGGAAAACUUUGCGCAAACGGUUCAACCCCGGCUUCUCCCACCAGCAUCUCAUGACUCUGUUGCCCUGCAUCCUCGACAAGACGGAGCAAUUCCUCGCCAAUCUGGACCGGUACGCCGCCUCGGGCCAGGACUUUCGGCUCGAAGAGCUUUGCACAAAUCUCACAUUCGACAUUAUAGGUGCCGUGACGAUGGACACCGAUUUGAAGGCUCAAAUGGGCGAGGAGCAACAAAGCGAGCUGGUGUCUCUAUUCCGGGCUCUCGUUUCCAGCUACCGUAUUAAAAGAGGGCGGCGCUGGGCCUUUCUAGAUCUGCGGGUUUAUCUGACUCGCUGGUCGAUCUCACGCCGGCUGGACAGUCUCCUGCAGGAUAUAGUUCGCGAGAAGUUUACCGAACUGAAGCAUCAAACAGACAAGGACUCUUCCUCGCGGAGUGUGCUUUCGUUGAGUCUCAAAGAAGCCUCCGAGGCAACCCCUGCUCUGGUGGCUCAGACCAGUGACCAACUCAAGAGUUUCCUGUUCGCCGGCCACGAUACAACUAGCACUUUGCUCCAGUGGGCGUUUUAUGAACUCAGCCGGACCCCUAGAGCCAUGCAAGCCCUGCGUGCAGAGCACGACGCUGUGCUGGGCCUGGAUCCCUCUCCGGACGUCGUCCGGAAGAAGUUUCUCAGCCCGACAUCAACGACGACCAUUGCAGGUGACGAGCUCCUCCGCCGGCUUCCAUAUACCGCGGCGGUGAUCAAGGAGAUCCUCCGUCUGUACCCACCCGCAGGGACAGCUCGAUAUUCUUCUCCGGGAACGGGAUUCACCGUGCGCCUACCGGACGGGAAGAACCUGUGUCUCGACGGCGUGAUGCUGUAUAACUGCCACAGCAUCAUCCAGCGCGAUGAAGCUGUCUACGGGCCCACAAAGGACGCGUUCAUGCCCGAGAGGUGGUUGUCAGCCGGUGAUGAUGGGUCCUCUUCCGUUGAGAAUAAUGGGGUUUCAGCCUGGCGGCCUUUUGAGCGCGGGCCCCGUAACUGUAUCGGCCAGGAACUGGCGACCAUCGAGGCCCGCGUCAUUCUAGCCUGUGUCGCGCGUCGGUAUGAAUGGGAGAAGGUCGGACUGGGGGAGUUUUCCCGAAAUGCAGCCGGCGAGCUCCUCGUCCAGCCGGAUGGUCGCUACGCGGUCGAAUCAGAGGUAUAUAAUGUAUGUUGUCUACUCUAUUUUAUUCAUGUCAUGUCUACGAAGAGGAAAUGA